CAUUUAAUGAACAUCUGCUUCAGUAGUUCUCAAGUAGUUCAUCCAUUUUGGAUCAUGUCACGUUAAAUAAAUGGGUUAUCCUAACAUAUCAACUCCAUAAUCGUUUCAACUGCAUGAUUUCAGACAGUGAUAAGAGAUUUUAUCUGGAUGCGUGUAAUGCACUAAUUACCCCAAUAAUCCCUGUGGCGGUUAUAAGUAAAAUCCCAUUUUUAGGACACAAAGUAAAACAAUACCCACCAAAUGCCCAGAAGGCUUUAACAGAGACAGAGCAAUGGGGAGUGGUUGCAAGACGCGGUCAUACCGUUAAACACAGAUGAAUGUUUGAUUAAUAGAGAUUUGCAUUUUGAUUAUGGAAGGUUGGCUCAAUGUUAGUAUUACAGUAGGAGGAGGGGAAAGCAGAGAGAGAGAGAGAGAGAGAGAGAGAGAGAGAGAGAGAGGAGUAUAUAAAGGAUCAGAUCAGGCGACAGGUGUGUAUUACAGGUGAUGCACAGCUCAAACCUCACUAUCAAGCUCGUGUUCAGCAGUCAUAGGCUUGCCCACGUUUCUAUUGCGACACAUUAGUCGACUCAGCCACUGGAACUACGUUGAGAUGUUGGCCCUUGAAACCGUUCAAUACUUCCCAGAUCUGGGCUCUCGAGAGCCGUUGUCAGGGAACCUGGACCUGGACAUGAUUGAGGAAUACCUGCAGGAGCACUCUGUAGAGGUGAUGUCAGCGCCUUGUGUCCAGAGGAGAAACCAAGAGGAGCACAGUAUGGCAGAGAACAGCUGGUCUGGUCGUUAUGCAUAUGAAUGGCAUUAUAGUUCAGUACCAGGAACAGAUGAGACUCAUGAACAACAGCCUCAGCAGCAGCAGACCUGGCUCUCUCAGUCAAGUCACAACGAGUGGGGACACUUCCAGUAUGACAGAAACCACUGCAGUGAUUCAGAUUCGCUGUCCACCAGUUCUGGAUGUCUUGAAUUUCCCCCAUCUCCGACCUCAGACAGGAAGGGACAGAUUGUGUUUGACUCUAUGGCACUAGCGCCGCUCUCAGGUAAAAGGAAAGAGCGCCUGUUCCAGUUCUUAUAUGAGAUGCUACAGACACCAGACAUGCGGAGCUGCAUUUGGUGGGUUCAAUCGAACAGCGGAACGUUCCAGUUUUCCUCCCAGAACAAGGAAAAGCUGGCAGAGAUGUGGGGCAGACGCAAGGGUAACCGGAAAACCAUGACGUACCAGAAAAUGGCCCGUGCCCUGCGAAACUAUUCGCGAACAGGAGAGAUCUGCAAAGUGAAGCGUAAACUUACCUACCAGUUCACUGAGCGAACACUGAGAGGCCUUCAGAACAACUCGCAGAGAUUCAUGGGUAGUUAAUGUGCUCCAUCCACCAAGACUUUCUCGUAGCUGGGAAAGAGUAAAUAAAUACUGAGUAUUUUACACAGGAUGGUUUUGCCUUUUUAAUGUUCAUAAUGUAAUGUGGACUUAAAACACUGAUUUUCUAAUAUUAUUUGGCUUAAUUGAGGCUCAAUUGAACUUGGGAAUUUUUAUGUACACUAACAUUGAAUAACAUGGAAUUCUAUGAAGUUGAUCUUUGAAAUAUGUAAAUCUGAGGAUUGUUAACCAUUGCACUGCGUUAUAUGUAGUUAUGAAUCCGUUUUUUAUGUAAAAAAUAUUUGACAAUUUUUGUGCCAAUUUCAAUGAAUUUUUAAUGCCAAUAAAUGUUGACACCUGAUGUGCCUGAAUAAAUUAA